CAAGACGCGUUCGGCCUGUACGCUCUGUACAGUAAGAACAAGCCUCGGUCUGAUACGCUGUUGGCCAGCCACGGAAACAGCUUCUUCAGGAACAAGCAGCUGGUGCUGGGAGAUAAGAUGGACCUGGCCUCCUACCUGUUAAAGCCCAUCCAGAGGAUGGCUAAAUACGCUCUCCUCCUCAAAGACCUGAUCAAGGAGGUGAGCGAGGCGCAGGAGACAGAGCUGGGCUACCUCCGAGCCGCCGCGGAGAUGGUCAAGUUCCAGCUGCGUCACGGCAACGACCUGCUCGCCAUGGACGCCAUUCGAGACUGUGACGUCAACCUGAAGGAGCAGGGUCAGCUGGUCAGACAGGAUGAGUUCUGGAUCUGGUACGGCAGGAAGAAGUGUCAGCGACAUGUCUUCCUGUUUCAAGACCUGGUGCUGUUCAGUAAACCCAAACGCAUCGAAGGAGGACUGGACGUUUACAUCUACAAACACUCCUUUAAGACGGCAGACGUGGGGAUGACAGAACAUCUGGGGACAACAGUCUUCGUUUCCGAGGUGUGGUUCAGACGCAGGAGCAGUAAGAACCAGACAGAUCCGUAA